ACAUACCACUGUCUUGCGAGAUUUGUGAAGUAUUGUUUUGCUAUCGUUCUAAUCUUCAAUAUGUUAUGGCUAGCUCUUGUGUACUUGAAUUCUUGUACCUUGAUGAUAUCUGUCAUAUUCAUGUUUCUAUAUUCCAAGUCGCCAUUCUUCUAAUGUACUUAUGUUGGAUUUUUAUCCUACUUGUACUAAUCUGUAAUCUUGAUGUUUGUCAUCAGGAUGCCUCCAAGGCGCGCACCUCCGCCUCCUCCACCUCCACCUCUGGAAAUUGGGCAAGCUUUGCUGAAUGUGACACAGAUUCUAGCGCAGUUGGCCCAAAACCAGGCGCAGAACAAUGAAGGGAAUGGCCGGGUCACUAUCAGAGAGUUCCUUAAUCUCAACCCGCGCACCUUCGACACUCCUCUGAAGCCACUAGAUGCAGAUGAUUGGCUGCGUGAGAUGAACCGCACCCUCAACACUGCGCGUGUAGCUCCAGCGGACAGAGUUUCCUUUGUGACCUUCCUCCUGAGAGGCGAGUCUGCUGCGUGGUGGGACAGCUACCUGGAGAGGAGAGAUCCAGAUGUUGAGACUAGUUGGGAUGACUUCCAGGCACUUUUCAGGCAUCAUCACAUUCGUGAUGGUGCCGUGGACAAGAUGCGUGAGGAGUUUCGUAGGCUCACACAGGCUGAUAUGGAUGUGGAAACCUACAGCAGAGCCUUCACCAACCUUGCUCGCUAUGCAGGUGAUGAGAUCUCCACCGAUGAGAGGAAGCAAGACAAGUUUCGCAGAGGCCUCAAUCCUACAGUCAAGUUUGCUAUCAACCUGAUCAAGUGCAGAAACUUCGAUGAGCUUGUUGAUACAGCUAUCAAGGCUGAGACUGGUAGACAGGAGUUUGAGCAGUCAAGGAAGCACUCUCGUGACAGUGGCUCUUCUUCGAUACCAGCUAUGCCACCUCAGAAGCGCAGAGUUUGGUUUCCUGACACUGCUCCACCAGCUCCACGGUCUUUUCACUCGAGACCGCCUGGGUUUGCUCCCCGCCCACCCACCCCUCAGUUUGCUCACAGGCCAGCACAGUUUCAGCACAGGCCAGCUUUCACUCCUCAGCAGCACGGAGGUUUUGUUCAGCAGCAGAGGCCAGCCUUUGGUCCUCCUCAGAGACAGUUUGCUCCUCGUUCUUCUUCAGUCACUUGCUACUCUUGUGGUCAGCCCGGGCACACUUCCCGUACUUGUUCUCAGAGGCAGCAACUUCCACCACCACCACCUCGUCCUUCCUCGACUCAGUUGAUGGUGCGUGCUCCUUCUACAGGCAAGGCUUUCAACUAUAACAAUAAGCCUAGACCUGCCACUGUCAACAACAUCACCGCAGAGGAAGCUGAGAAGGCAUCAGACGUUGUGCUUGACGCCGGUACCGAGGAGUACGGCGAGGAGUACGACUACUACCCUGAGGAGGAUCGUGCCGGUUUCUCUUCUUCUGACUUGACAGGUACGACAGGUUUUGAGUAUCCACCUGGACACUACUUUGUGGACUACGCUGAGGACGACUACGUCGAGUAGAGAGGACGCUCCUAAGGCAGCAGCCUGGGGCUUGCUGGAUAUGGAUCCGCCUGCUUUAUUUAUGGACUCUUAGUCCCAUUUGCAUCUUGUCUGUACUCAGACGUAUACUCGCUUCCGCAUGAUGUCUUGAUGUAUUGUUGGGGCAUGUGUCCUCUGAGUGUCAUUUGCUAUCUUGCUCUAUGAGCGUUGCUAUAUACUUAUUUAACUC